AACAAACAAAAAAAGUAAAAAACUAACUGAUGGUUUAUUCUUCAUCUUCCUCCUCUGUCACCAUAUCUAAUCUGAUAUCUCUCGCUUCUCAAACAGAAACAAAAUCCCUUCUUGUCUUAAUAUCCGUUUUAUCCCUCUCAAUCUAAAUCUGACUUUUCGUUUCUCUCUCUCUCUGGUUUCAGCUCUUCCAUGUCUAUUCUGAUACUAAGCUCUGACAAGCUGUUCUGUAACGCUCAUUUUGUAAGCUGUGCUGUACCUGAGAAUUACUGCUCCAAGAAAUAAUCUUCGCAGUUUCAAUCGUUUCCUUGUCCGUAAAAUUAGGGUUCUUGGCGGUUUCAAGUUGAUUUCGCAGUUUCUUCAUCGGAUCUCAGUUCUGGUUCAGCUCGAUUACCGUAAACUCUGUUGAUUGAGCUUUUUUCCCCUUAUCUUUCUAGCGCUGUCUUUUAUUUAUUUUCGAAUCCUGUUUAGAGUUUUAGUUCUUCGUUGUUUGGGUGCGGAGACAUAUGUGAUUGUUGUUGAAGUUUACGACGGGAGUGUAGUAGAGGAGAGAGAGUGAUAAUGGUGUACGCAAAUGAUCAUCCGGUGGAGUCUUUUUUCAACUCGAUUCAGGUGGCACUUUCACCGCUUGAAUCGGGGUUUCGGAAAGCUGCCAAAGACCUUGAAACUUGCUGGGCAGGGCCGAAGGAUAAACCUAAGAGUCUAGGAUUAGUGAAUAGUGGGGAUAGUGAUGGUAAGAUUCAGAUCUCUGCGUUGAAGAGGAAGAGUAAUGGACUUAAUGGACACUCUAUGGUGAAUACUGAAGAGAAGAAGAAAGGAGGGUUGUCAAUCAAAGUACCAAUCAAGAACUUGUUGGGUCUGUUUUCGCCAAAUGUUGUCAAUGUGAAUAUUAGUAGCAAAGUGGAGGUACCUAAGAAAGGGCUGAAAGAGAGGGAUUUCGGGAAUGAAGAAGAGUCAUGCAUAAAUUGCUUGCGGUUUGCAGUGACUUGGGAUUUGUUGGUUAAUAGUUUUGUUCAGGUGUUUCCAAGCCCAUUCAAAAUGGGAAAGAAGAAGUCUUGCAAAACAGGUGAUGAGAAGAAAAGGAAUUCAUGCUUGUGCAUACAUGCGAUGAAAUCAUCAACGAUUCCAUGGGAAGUAAAUAAUGCAGAACUAAAGGAUGAUCAAUCUGCUGUGCUAUCAAAUAGUUAUAUUGUGAAACAUAGAGAUGGAAAUGGUGUGUCACUUGAAUGCUUAAUAGGUUUUAUAUUUGAUCAGUUGGUGCAAAAUCUUCAGAAACUUGAUCAAGGGAAGGAAAUGGAACAGAAGAGUUCUGAUUCGUCGCCCCUGCACCCUCCUCCUACCUCUCAAUUUGAUCAUCUAGGGGUUCUGAUGAGUAUUUGGGAAGGCCGAAAGGCUGAUGUUAAUGGGUUUUUGGGGAAUCUGAAAUUCGCAAGGGUGGGUGGCAUACCAUCGAGUGUUGUGGGAGUAUCUUCUUCAGUUGGUGAAGAGAGUGAUAAUGGUGUUGGUACUGGCAAUACGGAGGAAACAGGGGAUGUCUCUCAACAGAAGGGGCCCGGUGGAUUACUUAGUAUCCCUCUGUCAAAUGUGGAGCGUUUGAAGUCAACAUUGUCAACUGUUUCAUUCACUGAACUGAUUGAGCUUGUGCCACAUUUAGGGCGACCUUCUAAUUCUAAAGACUAUCCUGACAAGAAGAAACUAAUUUCUGUCCAGGAUUUCUUUCGAUACACAGAGUCUGAAGGAAAGAGGUUCUUUGAGGAAAUGGAUAGAGAUGGUGAUGGUCAAGUGAACUUGGAAGAUCUUGAGAUUGCGAUGAAAAAGAGAAAUUUACCACGAAGAUAUGCUCGAGAAUUUAUGUGCCGAGCUAGAAGUCACUUAUUUUCCAAAUCCUUUGGUUGGAAGCAGUUCUUGUCCUUGAUGGAACAGAGGGAACCAACCAUUCUCCGUGCUUAUACUUCUCUUUGUUUAAGCAAGUCUGGGACAUUGCAAAAGAGUGAACUACUGGCGUCGCUUAAAAAUGCUGGGCUUCCGGCAAACGAAGAUAAUGCUGUUGCCAUGAUGCGAUUCCUGAAUGCGGACACAGAAGAAUCUAUUUCUUAUGGACAUUUCCGAGAUUUUAUGCUUCUGCUUCCCUCUGAUCGACUCCAAGAUGAUCCCCGGAAUAUAUGGUUCGAAGCCGCAACUGUAGUUGCAGUUGCACCGCCUGUGGACAUACCUACAGGAAGUGUUCUGAAAUCUGCAUUGGCUGGGGGGCUAUCGUGCGCACUUUCCACUUCUUUAUUGCAUCCAGUUGAUACAAUAAAGACUCGUGUGCAAGCAUCUACACUUACCUUCCCAGAAAUCAUCGCAAAGCUUCCACAAAUUGGAACUAGGGGAUUAUACAGGGGUUCAAUUCCUGCAAUUCUUGGACAGUUUUCCAGUCAUGGCUUGCGAACUGGAAUAUUUGAGGCGAGUAAGCUUGUUUUGAUAAAUGUAGCGCCCACUCUCCCGGAUAUCCAGGUUCAAUCAAUUUCAUCAUUCUGUAGCACAGUUCUGGGAACAGCAGUGCGAAUCCCAUGUGAGGUAUUAAAGCAACGGUUGCAGGCUGGCAUUUUUGACAAUGUGGGGGAGGCUAUUGUUGGUACUUGGCAGCAAGAUGGUUUAAAGGGUUUUUUCCGUGGGACUGGCGCUACUCUUUGCCGUGAAGUUCCAUUCUACGUUGCUGGCAUGGGGCUUUAUGCAGAGUCCAAGAAGGCUGCCCAGAAACUUCUGGGGCGGGAACUGGAGCCCUGGGAAGUAAUCUCGGUUGGGGCUUUGUCUGGAGGGCUAGCUGCUGUUGUUACUACUCCUUUUGAUGUGAUGAAAACUAGAAUGAUGACUGCUGCACGUGGUCGAACACUAUCAAUGACAAUGGUAGCCUUCUCUAUACUUCGUCAUGAGGGACCCCUUGGUCUCUUCAAAGGAGCACUACCAAGGUUCUUCUGGAUUGCUCCUCUAGGUGCGAUGAACUUUGCAGGCUAUGAGCUUGCAAAAAAAGCAAUGGUUAAAAACGAGGAAGCUGUUGGGGAUCAGCCGUCUCAGAAGAAGUUGGCCAGUUCAGGGUAAACAGUUUUUUCAAAGUGAAAAGGCAAAGGAAAAUAUACCAGAUACAGGUUACUCCACCCACCGAAAGUAGUAGAGUAAUGCUGCCGGAAAGUUUUGUGCCGUUUUUCCGAAUGAUAAGCAGCAAAUGCUUCAUUGUCAUCUGUCGACAACCCUGCUUUUUUUGUCAAGAGUUAAAUACAGUCUCUCAUUCUGAACUUGUUAUGCCAUGUUCAUGCUUGUUUGUACGUCGAUCCCAAUUUUCACAUUAGUGUACAUUUAACGUGCAGUGAGUUGACUCGUUUUGCUUUU